AUGGUCUCUGGCUCUUGGUUGAAAUACCCAAAGGCGUUGGAGAACGCUAGCUUUGGGUUCACGUCUGUUUGUGCCUAUGCCCUCUCCGUCUUUACAAUUUUAUUUGCCCAUGGAUACCUCAUCCUGCUUUUGUUUCCUUUCAAUGCCAUGUUUACCGGAACACAAAGCAAUCAUCUCAACUUCCUCCCAAAGCUGGCGAGAGAAAAUUACGAUGCUGUUAUUAGAAGCCAGGUUGAAAUUGAAGUUCAGACAUUACUUCAGGAAAAAAAUGAGAAAGUCGCUAAUAUAGUUUCUGAAACGCUCGAAAAAACUUUAAACAAGAGUCGUGAUGCCCUGAUCCUUCAUUUUUCUGAGGCUUCGAAAGAGCAGUUGCAGCAUUUCGAAAGCGUACUCGGCUGCAAAUCUCAUGACUUUUGCAAUGAAGCUUCUUCUGACGAAGGGUCCAUCCUCGGCACUGAGGAUGUGGAUAUGCUUGACUCCAAUGACAAAGAAGCUCGGCACAAGCUCACAGAGGAAGCUAAGGCUACUUUUAGCCUGAACAUGAAAAAUAUGCUAGUACCGAUGAUGAAGCAAUUACUGAAUGAGAUGUCAGAAGAAUGGGAAAAGUCGUACAAAGAGGUAUUGGAUCAGGUACUCGAAGAAUAUCACUCUGAGGGUGCCGAAAUUGUUGGUCGAGCUUUAGAUAAGGCAAGAAAGAGGAUGCUAUUUCACCACGCCCUAGAUUACCCGUGGCCACAACCACAAUACGUUGAGACUGCCAAGUGUGUGAUUUUGCUACUCUUUACUCACGAUGUGCUGUUUUUCGUUCUAUUUCACAGAAGUAAAGCCCACGCUAUUCUUUUUUGUUGUACCAGUGCGCUUUAUUAUUUGGAGACUUUGAGCACCAUUUUCUUGUUGGUGUGGGCCAGCUUUAAGUAUUAUAACCACAACGUAGGAGGACCUUACAGUUUCUAUACAUUUUACUUGUUUGGUGCCGCUGCUUCUUACUACGUCACGUUUUUAGGGUUGACGGAGGAAAAAGGAGAUUCUGAUCUGAGACUCGCCGGUGCUCCAGACAAUCAGGAAAAUGAUUGUCAACCUGAUGUUGGUAGGAAACAACUCAUUGAGCCCGUUAAAAAGAAUGUCGAAAGGAGAUUGAAUGAAAUCAAAAAAGAUGAAGUGUUCCCUGUUAGUGGCAAGAAGGAGAAUCGGAGCCUCGAAAAACAGACGGAUGCCAACGAGCCUGACGCACGCUUGGGAGUGGUAGAUGAGAUUAACAGUCAGGCCACCGAAGAGUCAGAGCAAGCGCAAAAGCUGGAAGAAUUUAAAGGUAAUGAGAAGGAUGUUGUGCGGAGUUGUUCAGCUGGAGAAGCCUUUUAUUAA